CAGUCCAUCCUACCCUGGUGGGAGAGCGUGACUUGGGUGCUAAAGUGUUCGUUGUUUGCGGUGCUAAGGCCAUGUACAUAGUGCUAGUGAUACUGCUAGGUGUUGGGGUCUAUGGAAGACCAAAUGUCAGAUUUCAAGGCCCUAUACGAGGUCUGGGCCAGACUCUCUUGCAACUGUCGUCGUCUAGAGGAAGUGUCUGCCAAGGUAAAGGUCAGCUGAGCGAUCGUCUGCUAGGAUAUGUAAAAGCCAAAGAUGCGAAUGGAGAUGGUGUUUACACCGGAAACGAAAUGGCUGCGUACAUUUCUAAACUAGAUGCUGACAAAGAUGGUGUUCUGUCUGAACAGGAGGGUAUCAACUACUUCGUCCAUAAAAUGAACUUUUCUGAAGAGUUCUACAAACUCCAAUAUCUAGCGGAUACACCCCAGGUUCAUCAUAGCAAGCUCAACGAUACUAAGGUCAUACUAGCUACCGAGCUAAUUCAUGCAACACUGGGGUCAUUGGUGGAACUCUGCGAAGGCAACCAGACCCUGUACCUGACGAACUGUGACUGCCUGCAACUGACACACAGCUGUGUCAGUCGCACAGAGCUGAAGAGCACCAUCCCUUGUGCUGAGUUCCUGUCUAGACAGUUUCAGUCUACCAAAUCUUGCUAGCACCAUCCCUUGUGCUGAGUUCCUGUCUAGACAGUUUCAGUCUA